CCCCUGCAUUAUAUAGGUCGGACACAACCUAGAGGGUCAGGGGGGUCAGGGGAGAUUCAGGAAAAGGGCCGGGGAGAUUCAACGAAAAUCAAAGAAAUCAACGGCCCUUACAAGCUCGCCUGGAUACUGCUUGAUGAUUCCAACUUAGCUCGGGAGAUUUGGAGGCUGCUGGACACUCGAGACUAGUAGGGUGGUGCUAUUGGAACAGCAUGACCACGCCCGUGCUGUUGUCGACUUGAACAAGGAAUAGAACUCCGACAGGUGUUAUUGUGGGAGAGAGAGUUCAGCCAACCGGGCCUAUUGCAUAAAGGUGACAUGUGAAUAGGGCCUACUUUCUCUCGCACCUGAAACGAUGCGUGGGCAAGUUGUGAAAUACUUCGCAGCCAGCUGUGGCAUUAUAGCAGUGGUUAUCGUACUUGCUCUCUGGGAAUCUUCCACCGGCGGCAAAUUGACAGACAGCCAGAACAGUGUGAAAAAGAGAUAUAAAUCACAAAAAUGCGACCAGUUGGAAACGACCUACGACGAAGCUCACAAUUUAGACCAGAAUAUAAUCGUGCGGGAUUUCUAUCCCUAUGCAGCAAAAAUAACCGGUGCUGUUUUUCACGAUGAUGGCCACAUUGACAUUACGGGUGAUUUGCUUACGACUCUCGUGCACCAGUUUUAUCCCCAGACCGAGGAUCACGUCAGAAAGAUGUUCCCAAAUCCAAGCGGCAAUGAUUCAAAUAUGGAGUUUUACAUCAUGAGUCCCGGUAUGACUUUUUACAAAGGCGAAAUUAUUUUUUCUUUAAGACUUUGGUUCAAUUACGAAAAGCGUUACUCAGAAAAUACCAUAAGCAGUGAGCCAAAUAGCUGGUUUGACAAUUAUUUACUCACUCAGAAGUUUGACAGAUAUUUUAAACCCAAGACGAACCUUAGUAUUAUUGGGAUUCCUGCCCCCAGACAAUAUAUUAUGAAUGGCGGGCCGUCGGAUGGACGACUUGUCAAAGUAGGAUCACAUCUAUGGCUCAGCUUCUACAUGUGCAUGAAAAUUGCUGGCAAAGAAACUGGACAUUUAUAUCUUUGGGAGUAUAACCAAAAUUAUGUUAUGAAGCCAACUAUAAAGAAUUAUACCAUGACCACAAUAGAUUCGAAUUGGUCGCCUCUUGAUAUAGAGGGGACGCUGUAUUACAUUUACACGCUGGAUCCUUUGAGAGUGCUGAAAUGUGACUCCAAACUUUCUUGUGCAUUUACUUUCAAAACUGAAAAUGCUGAUCAGUACCCAUUUAAACUAGAGGACGAUGUAUUAAGAGGAGGAUCGCCUUUUGAUUUAUACAAAUGGCCUUAUUAUUUGUGCAUGGGUCAUGCGCGAGUUCUUAAAAAAUCAAACGGACAUUCUGUGUACACUGCAAAUUUGGUGCUGCUCAGUGUUUUACCUGUGCCACGAAUUGUCUUUGUGUCUUCACCAAUACACGUACAACCCACAAUCCUAGAUGUCCCCAUAAUUCGAGGUUCAUUUAUUGACGAUCCUUACAUAUACCCUCUCAGUCUUAUAAUAGAAGACCUCGAUACUUUAAUGGUGGGAGUUACUAUAAAUGAUAACAGGGCCGCCGUGAUUCGUGUACGUAAUGUCAAAAACAUUUUGCAAGAAGCUAUGGACACGGACAAACGUCUUGGUGCACGAAAGGGACCAAAAAUAAGAACGGUGCAAAAGUAUAUAAAAAGCAUAACCCCGCAAAAUUAAAAAAAAAUUAGGUGAAACCGCGAUUUCUCAAAGAAUAAAUGGCAACUUAAUUAUGAUGUGUGAUAAAUUAACCUAAUUUUAAUA